AUGGCGACAGCCACCACUGACGAUGCCGUCAAUCGCUUGCGUGACAGCAAGCCGCCAGCCACCGACGCCGCGACCUACCUCACCAUCAUCGAAAUGUCGCUGACACCACAACUGCUACCGGAGCUGCGGGACAUUCUUGACGACGUGGAGCUGACGAGCGAGAUUGGCUGGGAUCUCGUCGAGAUGCUGAUUGCCGUACCCGGCAGCGAGCCAUGUCUUGAGAGGGUCGCGCAUCUGGGCAACCCGCGCGAAGUCAUUCUCAAAGUUCUCGAGGUCAUGGAAAAGAUCACCGUUGGUUCCGAAGAAGACGAACAAGGAGAAUUUGAUGGAAAGGACAGUCAAGGAAAUAGCCGAAAAGACCAGGUGCCUCCCACGCAGCAGUUCGUCACCCUCUGCGGCAUGCUCGCCGUCCUGCACGACCGUCUGCGCGUCAAGGCGCCCUCGCGCUUCCUGCACACCACCCUCGACACCGUGUACCGGAGCUACGACGCCGCCAGCCCCGACGCCACCGCCGCCGUCAUCGCCCUCGUCCGCUCGCUGUCCGGCCAGAAGCGCCCGCCGCUGCCCACCCGCAAGUCGAGCACCGUCAUCUCGCGGACCUCCUCAUUUCAGCCCGGCGACGCCAGCCGCAGCGCGCCAGACCCGGAAGGCGGCCAAGUGGCGGCGGGGUCCGGAGGCCAAGACGCCGGGGAGCCGGCGCUCGUGCAACGUCUGUUGCAGGUCUUCGUCACCUGCGUCCUCGAGGCCUUUGUCAACGCCAACGCGCUCGAGUGGUCCACGCGCCUGCUCGAGUUCACCUACCCGGAGCGCAUCGUCCUGGGGCGCAUGACCCAGAUGCAGGCCUUCAAGGACGUCGACGAGCUGCAGGCCAGGGACAGCCUGAUUGGCCAAUUAGUGGCGCUGGCCAGCGAUGUUGGCCUGUCGAAGCUCUCCUCUGAUGCCAUCAAGGAAGCCUUCACCACCUCGCACCUAUGCACCGACCCUCUGUCCGGCGAGCUCGACAGCGAGAACCCCGAGGCCAUGGGGCUGGCCACCGGCGGCCUGGCCACCCUCGUCGCCUACUGGAUGUUUGCCACGGAUCUCUUCGACGCGCAGCACUCCAUCCCCGACUUGCACAUCUUCCCGCACCACCACGCCGUGCUGGGGCGCUUCCUCGACGGCAGCAGCCCGCAGGAGCAGAUCGCCUCCAACCCUGGGGUCCUCGAGGCGAUCCUCGUCCUCGGCAUCUGGCUGCACACGCAGUCGCGCCUCCUCGCGCCCGCCGCCGCCCCCGACCAGCGGGACUACAUGGCCUACCACCACCUGCUCACCCUGGUCGCCGUCUUCCACGCCAACCCGCGCGUGCGCCAGUCGGCCAUCACCCUCGCCGGCCACGCGCUGCACGCCUUCCCCGAGGACGCGCGCCUCGGCAUCCUCGAGGACGUCCUCGAGAGCUGCAUGUUCUCCUCGCUACAGUCCUGCGCCGUCUCCUGGACCAAGGACGAGAUCCUCGCCGCCCGCAAGACCCCGGACAGCCGCAGCAAGUUCGCGACGGCCGAGGGCCUCGAGCGCCUCCAGUACGCCCUCUUCCCGGACCUCACCUACCUCGAGGAGCAGGACACCGCCGCGCUGCUCGAGUUCUGGGCCCAGGCCUGGCCCUUCCAGCUGCAGGUCGCCAACUUUCUCGUCUUCGCGCUGGGGGAUGCCCAGCGCGACAUGGCGCCCGCGGGCAUGGCCGCGGCGGUCGAGCACAGGUACGUGGAGCCCCUGCUGCACAUGGCGGGCGUGCUGCGCGCGGCGCCGGCGGAGGAGUUGGAUGAGGCGACGGACGGUCGGGCGCUGAGAACGUUGACGAUCCUGACGGAUACACUAGCGAGGGUCAAGUUGCGGUAG